AUGCCUUUCAAGAGGCACGUAGAAGUCGGAAAGGUCGCUCACAUCAACUAUGGCAAGGAGUACGGCAAGCUCUUCGUGAUCGUCGAUGUCAUCGACCAGAACCGGGAGAAAAUCUCACAGAAUCAUGAAUACGAGUUGGACUACUCGAAUAAGAAUAGAGACAGGUUGGUGCGUGGGAGAUUAUGGUGGACAAGAGAUAGGAUUCAAGGUAGGUUCAGGAGCUACAGUGGACAAGUUUGGGUUGACAGGGACAUUCGACAGCAAAUCCUGGUUAUCAAUAACACCAAGGCCCUUAUCUUCCAUGAGUGA